GUCUACUUUGCGAUAGGCUAACGCGGGUGGGAUUGAGUAUUAUUUAGUAAAAAAAGAUGGCGGAUGAAAUAGGUGAAUUUGACAGUUUUGGGUUAGAUGCGAAAAAUGAGGAUGAUGCUGAUAAUAGAGAAAGCAUGACUGAGGGGAAUGCGAAUAGUAAUGGAGUUACCACGCACAACAGUUUAGAUGAUGUGCCAUCUGUUAUUGAAAAUGAGAAGAGUGAACAAAGAAAGGAGCUUGAAAGCUGGCUAAAUAAGCUUAUGAGGGUGAAGAUCUCAGAUGGCCGCACACUGAUUGGCUCCUUUCUUUGUACUGAUAAAGAUAGGAACAUCAUCCUAGGCUCCUGCCAGGAGUUUGUGGGCACUCCAGGUGUUGACAAGGAAGACCCCAGGAUAUUAGGCCUAGCAAUGGUUCCAGGUAGACAUAUCCAGUCAAUAGAGGUAGACAUGCACAGGCCACCUAAAUAUGGGGAGUUUGCAUAGGUAAAAUGUGUACACAGGCCACCUUAAUAUGGGGAGUUUGUAUAGUUAAAAUGUGUACACAGGCCACCUUAAUAUGGGGAGUUUGUAUAGUUAAUCAUAACACUGUGACCACUCAAUUUCAAUGGUUUACGACAAGACAGUGAAAACCUGAAAUCUAUUGCUAUUCCCAAAAACGACAAGGAUCUUGAAUUGGCAGAGGUAGCAAAACAACAAAUUUGGCUAUAAACAUAUAAUUUAUUUCAUACCACUAAGAUUGUAAGUUCUAACAGGCCAUGUUUUUUUUCCAUAAAAUAUAGCUUAAGUUAAUGUGCAUCACUUGGUAAAGUUAUGUGACUGCAGUUAGAAAAGUGUGGCUGUCUAGGGUACUUAGGGAUGUACCUACUAUAGGGAAGCUUAGAGAGUACUUCACAAUUUUUCAAGGUACAGUAUUCCAGACACAUAUGUACAUCAUAUACACAGUAUACAUAUCAUAUGACGAUUCAUAAUUGUUUUAUUGCAUAAGGUUUCAUUUACAGCAUUUUGAUACCAUUUGUAAAUACAAAAGUGUAGAGUAUAAAAUGAUUAAUCAAAAUUUUAAAAAUCUGCAGAUUAAUGAGUACAACACUUGUAUGCUACAAAAUAAAAUUAACAUGCUUUGCCUAUAAAA